ACCUUUUAAUUAGUGGUAGGAUGAUUAGUACCACUAUGAGUAGACAUUUUCAUGUCUCCAAAGAAUAACAAAACAGAGGUGCAGUACAUAUAGUUAAACCGUAGAGACGUAGAUGUUACCUUCUGAGGAUAUUGAGUUUGUGACAGCCUGACAGGUUUUGCGAGUUGACAGGAUAAUCAGUUAAUGCAAUGGCUAUUCCAGUUGCAAACGAUAUACUAGACUAUAAUGAGCACGGAAUGAGCAAAUCCAUGAAGAGGCUCCUCCUCGUCUUAAAUUGCAUGAUGUUAGGCUUAGGGAAUUGCGGUGGUCCUCAAGUGCAGCGAUUGUACUUUGUCAAAGGGGGGAAGCGAGUUUGGUUGUCAAGCUGUCUAGAAACCGCUGGCUGGCCUUUUCUCUUUUUUCCAAUCAUAAUCUCUUAUCUGUAUCGUCGGAGGAAGGGAAGUCCAGGGAACAAGCUCGUAUCCAUCAAACCGGCUCUCAUCAUUCCGUGUGCAAUUAUUGGCAUUCUCACCGGGGCUGAUGACUACAUGUAUUCCUAUGGUGUGGCUCGCCUUCCUGUAUCAACCUCUGCUCUUAUAAUUGCUACUCAGUUGGCUUUUACGGCUGGAUUUGCAUUUCUUCUGGUUAGGCAAAAGUUUACAAGCUUCACCAUCAAUGCUGUCUUUUUGUUAUGUAUUGGAGCUGUAGUUCUUGCAUUUCAUACUAGCUCUGAUCGUCCUGCUGAUGAGUCCAACAAGCAAUACUUUUUAGGCUUCUUUAUGACUCUUGGAGCAGCCGCAUUGUAUGGAUUUAUACUACCAGCGAUUGAGUUGAUGUGCAAGAAGGCUAAACAGCCCAUAAACUAUUCUGUGGUCAUGGAGAUGCAGGUGGUUAUGUCAUUCUUCGCCACCGUUGUUUGUGCAAUAGGCAUGCUGGUAAACCAUGACUUCACGGCUAUUUCAAGAGAAUCAAGGGAGUUUGAGCUUGGAAUCACGGUAUAUUAUUUAACUCUGAUCCUUAACGCGAUCCUCUGGCAGUUGUUCUUCCUGGGAGCAACAGGAGUCAUUUUCUGUGCCUCUUCUUUGCUCUCUGGCAUUAUAAUCGCGACGCUUCUGCCAGUGACAGAGACCUUGGCAAUACUGUUCUUUCACGACAAGUUCCAAGUAGAGAAGGCCAUUUCCCUAACUCUAUCUCUCUGGGGUUUCAUAUCCUACUUCUAUGGAGAGUUCCAGAAUAAAAAGAUCCACAAGAAAGCUUCAAAUCUUGAUCCACCACAGUAACAGAGUGCAACUUUACCUUGAUCUUACAUUGUGUACUUGUGUUGGUGUAGCAUCUUGAAAAACAAACACUCUGUCAAGCCUGUAAAAACGUUGUAUGAUUUUAUUUGCUCAUUCCUCUAGCAAGUCUGAUCUCGCUGUAAAUUGUUGCAAGAGGCCGUUUGAAAAUAUGUAUUUCAUUUCAAAUGUUGGAUUUCAAAUAAUAAGAUUUGAGUUAUCAUUUUAA